AUGGAAGUUACUAAGAAUCCUCCUAAAAAUAUACAAUAUAUCAAUGAGCAUGGCCAAAUUAUGGAGCAGGGGGUUGAGUAUGAAUGGUUACCGAUUAAGUGUAAGACUUGUGCGGGUUAUGGUCACCCAAUGGCAGAUUGUAGGAAGGCCCAGAAUACUCAAUGGGUUGUGAAGGAGUCUACAACUAAAACGGAGACACAGGGUAUGAGCUCUGAGGGAAUACAGGAAGGAGUGAAGGAGAAGCCUGCAAAUCAGACCAGGUUUGAUGAUGGUAAGGCUCAAGACAAUCUAGUCGAACCCACUCAGCCUCCAAGUGAGAUAUCAGCUGAUAGUGAUAAAGGUACUCAGGCUACCCAACCCUGGCGUACCCUGAAAAGAAUUGCUGCACUAGCCAAGGAAGGAAAGAGUUUAGGUUUAGCUGCUAACAAUUCUGGUCAAAGGAACAGGAAGUCUAAUAAGUUUAGGGUGCUACAAGAGCAAAUGGUCAGUGAUAAAGAAGGUGGUCUUUUAGAGACUAAAAUGAAGGGAAACAAAAUAAGAAGGUUCAUGGAACAUCAUUUCCUGAACUGGGAUUUUUAUACCAGCUCAGUCAUAGAAGGCCGUCUGUUGAUUAUCUGGAGAAAGAUAUUUGCACAGGUCAAUAUCAUUGAGGAAUCUAAUCAAUAUGUUCAUUGUGUGGUGAAGUUGGAUGGUAUGCAGCAAGUUUUUGGUGUCACUUUUGUUUAUGGUGUUAAUUCGAUUGAAGGGAGGAGAGCUCUCUGGGAAGGGUUGCAAAGGCCAGCUCUUAUGGACAAAGCAUGGCUAGUUUUAGGGGACUUUAAUGCCCCCUUUUCAGGUCAAGAUAGAUCAGGUGGUAAGCCUAUUUCUGAUCUAGAACUGGUUGAUUCUGUUCAAUGGCUUGUAGAUACUCAUGUUGAACCUCUAAGAAGAAUAGGCUCAUUUUUUACAUGGACCAAUAACCAACAUGGUGCAGCUCGAAUUUACUCAAAAAUAGAUCAUGCUCUUAGGAACGAAAAAUGGAUUGAUAUGUUUCCUCAGUCUAAUGCACUGUUCAGUUGGGAACCUAUAUCAGACCAUUGUUCCUGUAUUGUGAGAUUGCAGCCAGUAUUGAAGAUGGGGUUAAAACUUUUUAGGUUCUAUAAUUACUGGACAGAGCAUCAUGAGUUCCAUGACCUGGUUAUAGAUAGCUGGAGGUCUCCUCUUAGAGCCACUGGUAUCAAAGCAAUAUUUUUUAAGAUGCUGAGACUUAAACAUUGUCUGAAAGUUUUUAACAGGGAUAAAAUAGGUGAUCUGAAGGCUACCUAUUACCAGGCUAAAGAGGCUUAUCAAGAAGCUCAAUUGCAGGCUCAAACUCACCCUCAAGUGUUUAGCUAUCAGGAAGAUGAGAGAAAAGCUGCUGCUAAUUUUUCGAUUCAGGAAAAGCGUUAG